AUGGUCGAAAGUAAAGUGCAUCCGGCUAUCAAGCCAGGCACGCAAGCUGUUUUGGAGUUGAAAAAUGGACUCAAGUUUCACGGCAUCGUUCUGUCGUUCGAUUUGCUCCAAAAUGUUAGUUCAUGAUUGGAAAUGUCCACACCGAAUAAAUCAAUACAUUUCAGAUUCUGGUCCUUGACACCAAAGAAGUGACGGCAAGCAAGCCGAUUAUCCGUGUCUUCAAUUUGAAUCACGUCAUUUCCGUGAGAUUUUAGCACUUUCCCGUAAAUUGAACAUCAAAACAUUCAGUGCAAUCCCGAAAAUCUCAAAUCGCCAGUUCACUUUGAAGACUACGCUGCCAAGAAAAAUGAGCAGUUCACCAUCAACAAUGACAAAACCAAAACCAGAGAGCGUCUUCACAAAACGAUGAGUGAGGUUGCACCGACGCUUAUGAGUUCGCUAGUCUCUCUGCGCGGUCAGCAGGCUUUCCUGCAAUUAAAACGUACGAUCGCCGACACUCGCUGGUCUGGAGAAGACAUUCGUGUGCUCGGACUCGUUUUGGUGCACAGCCCGUACGGCGCAGAAGAUGUCAGGAAGGUUAGUGGAAUCACAAUAUGCACAUUCACAACCUGAAUUUAGGACGCGAAUGCGACGGGAUUCGACGAAACCCGCGCCACGACUGCCAUCGCCCAGGUCCAGAAGAUUCUCUCGAAGCCGUUGACCGAGUACAAAUCACGCGCUCCGCUCGAUUUCACAAUCGGAGCCACCGUCGUCAACUGA